CUGCAAAAGCGGGAGAGGAUUAAAACCGCCGGAGGUGAAGGACGCAAUUUUACUCCGUCUCGUACUGAAGGAAGAACAAACCCUGGGCUUUCUGUCGAAAUCAACGCGAGAGUAAAUCAUCAAACGCAGGUAUUACCCAUGGAAGGGGGACCGACUGAGGCCGUGGUGGAAGAUGCAGGGGAUGCUUUCAAGGCCAAGGAGUGCAAGACAUACCAAAGGCGGCGGGAAGAUGAGGAGGUGGGAGCCGAGCUGCUGCAGGCUGCUGUGAUUGAGCAAGCACAGGCUGAAGUUGAGCCUGUGGUGGAGGCCCAGCAACAGCUGGUUGAGAGUGUAGUUAGUGUCAACAGCAGCGUGGACAUGAUGAUGAUGGAAACCCUGGACCCUGCCUUGCUGCAGAUGAAGACAGAAGUCAUGGAGGCUGCCGUCGGGGCACCUGUCGCUGUGGCUGGUGCUGCUCAUGAAGCCACAGUCACUACAGUCGAUGAUACACAGAUCAUCACCCUGCAGGUGGUGAAUAUGGAGGAGCAGCAGUUGGGCUUGGGAGAGCUGCAGCUGGUGCAGGUGCCUGUUUCUGCUGUGCCUGUCACUGCCGCCACCGUGGAAGAGCUGCAGGGGACACUGGUGGAUGCAACUGCCAUGCCUAAAGAUGGGGAGCCGGUCAUCUGUCACACCCUGCCAUUGCCUGAGGGCUUUCAGGUGGUCAAAGUGGGUGCAAACGGAGAAGUAGAAACUGUGGAGCAAGAUGAGCUCCAGCCCCAAGACGAUCAGCCUCCGCAUCAGGAGGAGGAAGAAGAAAUGGCUGAACCCCAAAAUGAAGACCCCGCCUGGUCCAAAGAUCCCGACUACACACCUCCUGUUAAAAAGGUCAAGAAGACGAAGAAGAGCAAGCUGCGCUACAACACAGAGGGUGAUAAAGACAUGGAUGUGUCUGUGUAUGAUUUCGAGGAGGAGCAGCAGGAGGGUCUGCUUUCUGAAGUCAAUGCUGAGAAAGUUGUGGGUAACAUGAAACCACCCAAACCAACCAAAAUCAAGAAGAAAGGUGUUAAGAAGACAUUCCAGUGUGAGCUGUGCAGUUACACUUGCCCACGCCGGUCCAAUCUGGACCGCCACAUGAAGAGCCACACAGACGAGAGGCCUCACAAGUGCCAUCUUUGCGGACGAGCAUUUAGGACUGUGACUUUGCUGAGGAACCAUCUUAAUACCCACACAGGCACCAGACCACAUAAGUGCACUGACUGUGACAUGGCCUUUGUCACCAGUGGAGAGCUGGUGCGACACAGACGCUACAAGCACACUCAUGAGAAACCGUUCAAGUGCUCUAUGUGUGACUACGCCAGUGUAGAGGUUAGCAAGCUGAAGCGCCACAUUCGCUCCCACACAGGAGAGCGUCCGUUCCAGUGCAGUCUGUGCAGUUAUGCCAGCAGAGAUACAUAUAAGCUGAAGAGACACAUGAGGACCCACUCAGGAGAGAAGCCCUAUGAGUGCUAUAUCUGUCAUGCACGGUUUACCCAGAGUGGCACCAUGAAGAUGCACAUUCUGCAGAAGCACACAGAAAAUGUGGCGAAAUUUCACUGCCCUCACUGCGACACCGUCAUUGCCCGCAAGAGUGAUCUUGGUGUGCAUCUCCGUAAGCAGCAUUCCUACAUUGAACAGGGCAGAAAGUGCCGUUACUGUGAUGCUGUGUUCCACGAGCGCUACGCUCUUAUCCAGCAUCAGAAAUCCCACAAAAAUGAGAAACGCUUCAAGUGUGAUCAGUGUGACUAUGCAUGCCGCCAGGAGCGUCACAUGGUCAUGCACAAGCGCACACAUACUGGGGAGAAGCCAUAUGCCUGCAGCCAAUGUGAGAAGACCUUUAGGCAGAAACAGCUGUUGGACAUGCACUUUCGCCGCUAUCAUGACCCCAACUUUGUACCCACAUCCUUUGUAUGCACCAAGUGCGGAAAGACCUUCACUCGCAGGAAUACCAUGGCAAGACAUGCAGAGAACUGCACUGGUAUGGAUUCUGCUGAUGGAGAGAACGGAACUCCACCCAAAAGGGGCCGUGGAGGCAGAAAGAGGAAGAUGCGGUCUAGAAAGGAUGAUGACGAUGAUGAUGACAGUGAUGAGCAUGGUGAACCUGACCUUGAUGACAUUGAUGAAGAGGAUGAGGAUGACCUUCUUGAUGAAGACCAGAUGGGUUUGCUAGACCAGGCUCCACCCAGUGUUCCAAUCCCCGCACCAGCUGAGCCACCAAUCAAGAGGAAACGGGGCAGACCCCCUAAGAACGCACCCAAGGUCUCUCCUACCAAGUCCAUUACCAAAACCACCACAGCUGCUGCCAUUAUCCAGGUGGAGGAUGAAAGCACAGGGGCCAUUGAGAACAUCAUUGUGAAGAAGGAGCCAGAGGGCACUGACGCAGUUGUAGCUGCCCAGCCGAUCAUAGAGGAAGUGGAGGCGGUUGAGGCCGAUGUAGAAACGGUGCAGUUAACAGUCCCAGAAGCUGCACCUAACGGUGAUCUUACUCCUGAAAUGAUCCUUAGCAUGAUGGACCGGUGAUCUGGGGAUACGUGUACACACACAGGCUGAUCACCCAUGCUUGCAUAAAUGCACAUCCCCAUAUGCGUCCCUUGAAUAUAUAUAUAUAUAUAUAUCUCUAUCUAUUUACACAUGCUCACAUACUUCACUUUCCUCACCUCCUUUAAUACUGCGCUGUGUCCUAAUGUCCUGCAUCAAGAUUCUUAAGGACUCCAUUAUUCCACUGUUUGCUACAAAACCCCAAAUGCCCGAUGUCCUAAAGUUCUUACACAGUGUCUUCUCAUGACGAUCACAAAACUGAGCUUUUCUACUGUUCCCGUCACACCAGUAGUUCAUUGUACGUGGUGGGAUGAUUUUUUUUUUUGAGAGCAGAAGUGUGCUCGUGACAUACAUCUAGACUUUCUUUACCAUGCUAACCAACCGUUUUCAUUUGACAAUUCAAAUCUGACAUUACCAUGGCAAUAUUGAGAGAUGAUAUAUCAUUUUGUGCCUGGUCGAGCAUUGACUUUCCUCAAUUUGCUUCACUGCUGUAGAAAUGGGUGUUUUUGCCCCAUCUGUCUGAGAAAAUCCUCUCAAUGUUUGACAUUUAUGAUGACUUUCUUUGCUGUUUGUUCCUCAUGUGCUCUUUCACUGGUCACAGUUGAUGAUGUUAGAGAGCGUAGAAAUGUAGCCAUCAGAUUAUCAAGCCAGGGACGAUGACAUCCAUCCAUUCAUAAGUUCAACAAAAGAAAAAGAAAACCUGCGGUUGAUAAAGUUGUAUAAAACAGGUAAUCUUGGCUAGUCUUGCUUGUAAAUAAUUUUUAUUUUCUGUUUUAUUAUGAACGUUUUAAUCUUUUUCUAGUGAAUUGAUCACCUUGAAUGCUAGGGCAAUGGCUUUUAACGGUAGUUGUUUGGAAACAUGCCACUGAAGGCUUUCAAAUUACUUGUGGGGAAAAAAAUAAAAGCCUGAAGAAUCAUGUAGGCUGCAUAUAACCCCUUUUCUUCUCUGUCCUUCUGUAGCUUGAAUUUGUGCAUUUGAGUCUGCUCCACUCGCUUGAUGGGGAGGGUUGCUUAAUCUCUUUAACCAGCGCUUUACAGGGCGAAGAGUGGCUUUUAAUGUUGUUCCACCUGACGAAUAGGCUUCCAUGUUGGAUUUUGUUCUAGCUUUUGUAAAAGGAGGAAAAGGGACAGAACUGGGCAGGUACAGCGAGAAGCGCAUGUCUCCGAUCGCUUGGAUCCAUUUCCAUGUGUGGUCAUGUUCCCGACAGCCACCCCAAAUUUGAAAGCGUGAUCCAAGUUUAUGAUUUCAUGGGAUUCCGAGAGGAGACGUAAAGUUUACAAUAGGUUUUUCAGACCACAUUUAAUUUAAGAAGUUUAAUACGAGUGUUCGAGGAAGCUAUUUUGAUACAAAAUGUUUCUAGAAGGGGAAGCUUGGAUAGGAUAUUUGUAAAAAAAAAAAAAGUUUGUCACUUGUUCAAAAGAGCAAUGUCCUUUUAUUUCUGAUCUUUUGUUUUUCUGAUUGAGAAUGAAGUUUUUCUCCAACAUGUAAUUGCAUUUAAAUUGCUUUUUUUUUUUUUUUUUUUUUUUUAAGCUCUUAAAAUUCUAGGUUAAUGCUUUUUUUUUUACACCUAGCUGUACUGUGUGAAUUUUACAAUGAUCAGAAAACCAACCUUAUAAAGACAUUUAUUAUGGCUGGGUGGGGUGUAGAGGUAAGAUGGUGUAGAGAAUGUAUUGCUGUACAGCUAAUAAAAAA